UGCGCGACGCCGACGGCGACGGCGACGUCGGUGCCGAGCCGACCCGAUCCGAGCCGAGGCGAGGCGAGCCGCGGCGACCCGUGCGCGCCCAGGCCGCGCCAUGCGAGGCGGCGGGGGCUGCCACCCCCGGCGGCACCCGCGGGCCUCGGCGCCCGCCCCCCUGCACCAGCCGGCCCCCGUUGCCGCCCCCGCCUCGGCCCCUGCCUCUCCCGGCGCCAAGGGCUACGCGGCCGUCGCUGCCGUCGCGCUAGCCUCCUACGCGAACGCGCUCGGCGGAGACUUCGUACACGACGACAUCCCGGCGGUGACGCGCAACAAGGACGUUCUGGGUCUGACGCCACUGCCCGACGUCUUCCGCAACGACUUCUGGGGCACGCCCAUGGCGGAUGCCUCCAGCCACAAGUCCUAUCGGCCACUCACCACUCUCACUUUCAGGGCGACGUACUGGCUGGUGGGCGCGGCGCCCGCCUGGUUCCACGCCAGCAACGUGCUGCUGCACGCGGCCGCGUCGCUGCUGUUCGCGCGGGCCUGCUGCGCCGUCGCGGGGCUAGCGCCCGCCUUCGCCGCCCUCGCCGGCGUCAUCUUCGCUGCGCACCCCGUGCACACGGAAGCGGUGACAGGCAUCGUGGGUCGCGCCGAUGUGCUGGCGUGUGUUUUCUUAUUAUUGUCGCUGCUCGCCUAUCACGGGCGUGAGCAGCCGCGCCUGUGGACCAGCGUGCUGCUGGCGGCGCUGUCCAUGCUGGCCAAGGAGACGGGCGUAGCCGCCCUGCUCGUCAACCUGCUCUUCGACGCCUACCGCUCCUGGAGCUCCCUCAAGAAGAGCCUGGUGGAGGCGCGCUGCAACACCGAGACGGUACUGUUUAGUCGAAGGGCAGCCAAAUUGCUGAUGGCGCUGAGCGCCCUGCUUGUGUUCCGUUUGGCGCUGCUCCAAGGUUCGCUGCCACGCUUCUCCAGCCAGGACAACCCCGCUGCAUUCCACCCCAGCAGGCUCGUCCGGUUCCUGACCUUCUGCUACCUGGCGGCGUUCAACUGCUGGCUGCUGCUGUGCCCGGCCACGCUGAGCCACGACUGGCAGAUGGGCUCCGUGCCGCUCGUCACCCAGCUGUCCGACUCGCGCAACCUGGCCACCGCCGUCUUCUUCGUCUGCAGCCUCGCCGUCGUCUACCGCGGGCUCAGCGACCUCGAGCACCAGCGGCCUCCGGCGGUCUUCCUGAGCGUCCUGCUGCUCGCCCUGCCCUUCCUGCCCGCCACCAACCUGCUGCUCACCGUCGGCUUCGUCGUGGCGGAGCGCGUCCUCUACAUGCCCAGCCUGGGCGCGGUGCUGGCUGCCUGCUAUGGGGCGCAGCUGCUGUGGGCCGGCUGCGGCGGCUGCAGGGCGCGCCUGUGCGCCGUGGGCGCCGCCUCGCUGCUGCUGGCCGCCGCCUUCUGCGGCCGCUCGCUGCUCAGGAACCGCGACUGGGCCUCCAGGGAGACGCUCGUCAGGGCCGGCCUGAGAGCGCUGCCCCAUAACGCCAAGAUGCACUACAACCUGGCCAACGUGCUGCGGGACGCCGGCAACGCCGACCUGGCUGCCGAGCACUACCGCGAGGCUCUCAGGCUGUGGCCGACGUACGCGAGCGCGCACAACAACCUGGGGACGCUGCUGCGUGCAGACGAGGCGGAGGCGCACUUCCUGGCCGCCAUACGACACGCGCCCGGCCACGUGCACGCCCACUACAACCUGGGACAGCUCUACCGGAGGGACAACCGCACGGAGGAUGCGGCUGUGAUGCUGGAGCGCUGCAUCCGGCUGGACUCGGGCUACACGCCGGCCUAUCUGCUGCUGGCGCGGCUGUACGCAGGCGCCGGUCUGCAGGCCAGGGUGGGCGAGCUGCUGCGACAGUUGGUACGCCUGCAGCCGCUGUCAGCCGACCGGCUCGCCGACUACGGCGAUUGGUUGCUGCAGCAAGGUCGGCGGAUGGAGGCGCUGCAGCUGUACCAGAGGGCGCUGGCCGUGUCCUGCACGCACCGGGCCGCGCUGCUAGGGGCGGCCAGGAUCCUGCGAUCGCAGGGCCAGCUUGCGCGUGUGCACCAGCUGCUGCUCAGGAGCCUGGCGAUGUCUCCGCAACACCGUGGCGGCCUCGUCUACACGGGGGACCUGCUCUUGCGGUCGUGGCAGCUGGGCUCCGCCUACCACCAGGAGAACGUCCCUUCUCAUCCUCCUAGAAACGCGGACGACACCUACAGCGAACAUGAAGCGGCACCGGCUAGGCAGCCGCCCGAGAGGCCCAAGACGAGCCGGCGGCCCGGCGCGAGCGACAAGUGGCGGCGGCGCGCGCCCAGCCGCAACCGCACGCUGGUGCUGCGGCCCGGCUCAGCGCCGCGGCCCGGGCCUGCCGCCGAGGCGGAAGGCGUCGCGGUGGCGGCGGCAGCGACUGGGGCGGCGACGGCGACGGCGACGGCCGCCAGCCGGCCGCUCUGGCUACACCACGUGGGGCAGAACUCCGGCACCGCCGUCUUCCACCAGGGCUACCACUACAGCUACUGGUCGGAGGAGCACUUCCCGCCGCUGUCGCUGCCUACGGAGGAGGACUUCUCGACGGAGCUGACCACGGGAUGACGCGGCCGGCCGCCGCCGCGCCGCCACCUGCUGUGACGUGGCGCCGCCACACGAGGACCACACUCUGCGACUGAGCCGCCGACGGCACCCCCGCCCCCGCCCCUCACCCCUGGACCUCCUCUCUGCCCGCCCCGCCUCUAUAGCUCUAGUUUUGGGUGUGUAUUCUCACCACUUCAAUAACCGAGGAGUGACUCCCUUCUUCUAUCCUAAGAUACGUAGCGAAACAAUCUACGAUACAUUAUUUAUGUACACACAUAUUUAACAAACUCCUGUUCUACUUUUCCAUAAAUAAACACCUUCGUACAUUGUGAGCUUAAAAUUCUCCUUGUAUACAACUUGUAACUUUUGGUGAAAAUGGGGAGAAGUUGUGAUACGAAUACAAAUGGUACAGGCGACUGAAGACAUGGUCCAAUUGAUGGGAGCGAAGGAAUAUGCCAAAUGAAUAAAGAUACUGUCGUAUGUGAACGUGUGAGGAAAUGAGUACAGUUUUCAGUACCUGUGAAGUUUGGACGUAGCGAAAAACUGUCGCUGUGAGACAACUCCACAUCCUAAACAUAAGAAUUAAUUGUUUGUGCCUCCUAAUGAUUCCAUUAACGUAUUGAAGAGGCAUGCUCUUUCGCUCCUUACAUUCCCAUUUUGUGAAGCGCUUUUUACCCAGACAGGCACCAAUUAUCUGUUUGUAGAAGGAGAUCUGUUGUCCAAAAGGCAUACUUUUAAUUAUUUUACUUGAAAGCGUAACGUUUCUGUAAUAAUAUAAUCACUAGUUUAAAUUUGUAACCGCAUUUUUAGCACGACACCCUUUUUUUAGUUUGAUGUACGAGUGUUGGUUGCCAAGCACAAGUUUCCCUUCUGCCUCUUAAUUUGCACUAAAUUCAUUCAUUAAUUUAGCAAAUGGUGAAGAUAAUUUCCUCCACAUAUUGUACAGAUGUAUUAAUUAGUUAAGGCUCGGAGAGGAAAAUUUUUGUAUUAAGCGACUAUUUUAUCCUACUAAAUGAAUAUCAUUAUUACAGUUUAAGACUAUAGUGAAAAAUUUCCUUAUCGGUUUCAAUUUUGCUAAAUUUAAAAUAAAAGUACGCGUUUUUAAGAAAAUGAGAUGGGGCUGAGAAACAUGGGGCAGCUAAGUUAAUGCAGCGACGCAUUGUAAGAUCAAAAUCACAUCUGAUUGGAAAUGAAGGCUAAAGGAAAUAGCAUGCCGUCUUGUUUCAUAGCAGUCGUCAUUAUUCAGAAUCCCAUAGAUGUUCCUAAAUAAUGUGAAAUUAUUACAAGUAAAAUUGCUUUUAUAACUUAACCCUUCAGAGUUUCUUAUUGAACACAAUGCUUCGUUUAUUUGUAAAUGACCAGCAUUCGAAAAUGCACUGUUUGUAUUUCAUGAAAUGCUAUGUUUACACAGACAGGAAGCUGACAAUAAAGUGUAUAUUCAGAAAACUAAA